AUGAUGCGUCUAAUCUCAUAUUUUGCCGCUAUUGUAGUUGCUCUUUUAUUUUCAUUUAUACCUUCUUCAGCAGAUACUCAAGAAAACUUUGUUCAAUGUCUUUACAAUUAUCCCCAUGAUAACACCACCACCUCAAUCUCCAAGGUUGUUUACACUCAAACCAACUCCUCAUACUCGUCUAUACUAGAUUUUUCCAUUCAAAAUCUUAGAUUUUAUAAUGUAACCUCAAAACCCCUAGUGAUUGUAACACCGCUGGAAGUUUCCCACAUACAAGCCACAAUAAUCUGUUCCCAACGCCACAACAUGCAGAUUCGAAUCCGAAGUGGAGGCCACGAUUACGAGGGUCUUUCAUACGUAUCCCAGGUUCCAUUUGUCGUCCUUGACCUCAUAAACCUUCGAGAAAUCAAAGUGGACGUAGAAAACCGCACUGCAUGGGUUCAAGCUGGUGCAACCAUUGGUGAACUUUACUUCAGCAUUAGCCAGAAAAGCAACACACUAGGGUUCCCAGCAGGUGUGUGCCCUACUGUGGGCACUGGUGGCAACAUCGGUGGUGGUGGCUAUGGAUUCAUGUUGCGCAAGUACGGUCUUGCUGCUGAUAAUGUAAUUGAUGCUGAAAUAGUUGAUGUGAACGGUAAUCUUCUUGAUAGAAAAGCCAUGGGUGAGGAUCUGUUUUGGGCCAUUAGAGGAGGUGGCGGAGCAAGCUUUGGAGUCAUUGUGGCUUGGAAGGUAAAACUAGUCCCAGUUCCAUCAACUGUGACAGUGUUUAGGGUUCCAAGGACAUUGGAACAGAAUGCAACCGAGAUAAUUCAUAAGUGGCAGCUAGUGGCAAAUAAACUUGACGAUAACCUGAUGAUUAGGAUCCACCUGGCAAGGGUAACUUCAAGUAAAAAUGGGAAGCCAACGGUAGAAGCCCAAUUUGAGUCCACGUAUCUUGGAGGUGUGGAUCAGCUCAUUCCCUUGAUGCAAAAGAGAUUCCCAGAGUUAGGUUUGGUAAAAGAAGAUUGUACUGAGACGAGUUGGAUAGGUUCAGUUCUCUUCAUGGGUAAUUUUACAAUCAGCGGUCCCCCUGAAGUUUUGCUGAACAGAACGCAGUUAGUUGGUGUGUUAAACUACAAAGCAAAAUCCGAUUAUGUGAGAGAUCCCAUUCCUGAUGUUGGGUUAGAAGGGUUAUGGCCCUUGUUUUAUGAAGAUGAGGCUCAAGCUGCUUUUGUUCAAUUCUCUCCUUAUGGAGGUAGGAUGUAUGAGAUUUCGGAAUCUGAAAUUCCAUUCCCACAUAGAUCUGGAAACUUAUUUCAUAUUCAGUAUGGGGUGUAUUGGAAAGGGGAAGGGAAUGAGGAAGCACAAAAGCACAUUAACUGGAUUAGAAGAAUGUACAGUUAUAUGGAACCUUAUGUUUCAAAGUCUCCUAGAGCUGCAUAUUUUAAUUACAGAGACCUUGACAUUGGGGCAAAUAACAACAAUGGAUACACAAGUUACGACCAAGCCAGCGUUUGGGGCCUUAAGUAUUUCCUGAACAACUUUAAGAGAUUGGCAACAGUGAAGACAAAAGUUGAUCCUCUAAACUUCUUCAGAAACGAGCAGAGCAUACCUUCUCUUAUAUCCAAGGGACGCAAAUUAUAG